CUGCCUGUAAAGAUCAAAGAAUCACCUCCAGAGCAAGCCAAGUACAAAACUGCAUGGUCCUGCUUGCUAUAUAAGGCGUGUGCUUUUUGGGGUUCUCAUCGUGAAACACGAGAUUCCAUUAUUCCUGCACACAGAUAUUGAUCAUUUAUCUGAAGCCAUUUACGAAAAGAUCCGUGAAAGUGAGAGCCAUGGAUGACAUUGUAGAGGAGUUUCUGCUAGAGAAACUAGAUAAGGAGAUCGAUGGUGCCCGUGAAGCUGAGAAAAAAAAACCACCCACGUGCAACAAGUUGAUCUCCAUUCACGAAGAGUGUCAAAAGUUGAGGGAUUUGAUUGCUGGUAAGAAGCCCGCGACUGGCGCUGCAGUGAAGGAGACGAGAAGAGAGAAGCUCUACUAUCUCCUCAACCUCAUCGAAGAGUGGCACGAGCUGUUCAACAAUCAGCCGAGGGCACUGCUUUCCGUUGAUCAGAUUCCUAGCAAGCUGAAGCAGGUCAGAAAAGAACUUGAAGAUGCACCCGACAGCCACAGCGAAUUCAAACAACCAUCAUCGCCAGAAGUGUACCGCUGGAGUUGUCACGCAAUGAGCCUGGCUAAGACUCGUGGGUUCGAGGACAAGCUCAUGAUCAUGGAGCGCCUGCUGCUCAACAAAGGCUCAAAGGCUAUUGGGAUUGUCGGGGUGGCCGGCGUUGGCAAAACAGCACUUUCCCAGCAGGCUUACAACUACCAACCGGUGCAGGAGCACUUUCUCCUCAGAAUUUGGCUCUGCUUGUCCAAGCAACAAAAAGAAUUAAUGCCGGCUGAGCUGAGCUUCGAGGAUCGGCUGAAGAUGAUGCUGAGCUGUCUGGGCUUUGAGGAUCAGGUCAUCCAGAAGGUCGCUGAGAAGAAACUACUCGAGCUGGCGGUGCGGCGCCACCUCAGCCGUGGAAGAUACUUAAUUGUCCUUGAUGAUGUCUGGACAGUGAAAGACAACGGCAAGGACGUGGCUGUGGAGAAGGAGAUUCAAAGCUUAUUCUCUUUCUUAACUGCUCCACAUUUAUCCCGAUAUGAUGGGGCGAUCAUUGUGAGUAGCAGAUCGCCGGAAUUGGAGCAAAUGGUUGGCGCCAAGAAUAUGCACUGGCUUUUGCCUCUUGCAGAUGAUGAGAGCUGCUGGGAUAUUUGCACUGAUUCGAUUAAGGAAGAUGGAACCCACCCACCUCAAAAUUUGGAGAAGCUAAAAGGAAACAUUGUGAAAAACUGUGAUGGCCUGCCAUUAAUGGCCAAGAUGCUGGGCAAAAUCGCCCACCAUGAACUCAAAAACCCUAGCUAAACAAGAAAUCCCAACUCAGCAGGAAGCUUAGAUAGCUUCUACUAAUUAUAUAUUCAAUAAUGUGCCUAGUGCAUGCUGUUGCAUUUGAUCUCUUUUAAUUGUUGCUUCCACUUAUUCAGAAUAAAUGUAUGAAAGUGAUUCUAGUGUUGUUUUAUUCAACUCUAGAUUGUCACGGACAUGCAAUAUGUUGUAUUAAUUCAUAUAAUUCAAAUUAUUUCGUCAUGAGAGAAAAGUUGUUCUUGGCCA